AUGAAGGAACCUGAAUAUAAUUAUAUAUUUAUUACAAGACAACAAUUUACGAGAAUACCUUCAAAUGAAGAAUUGUUUAGUUUAUAUUUAACUGAAGAAGAAACCUCUAAUGAAAAACAACUGGCAUAUCCUUCUGAA